GUAAUUGCACUAAUCGAAAGUCAACAUAUCAACACUUACUGUGCUUUUUACGUCCUUCUAUUUCUCAGAUUGAGCGUAUAAACGUUGCCUUCUUGGACCCGCUUCUCCCUCCCCUCUCCUGCAGGCUCCAUAUACCCUUUCCUUCAGCUUCGACCAAUAAAAUGUCUCGACUCCCCGGAGAACACCUCGCCGAGGCGGCGCAGCGUGAGCUGAUAGAGGCGUCAACGGGCUACGGCGAGGAGCCGCGCCAGGAGGAUGCGCCCAACUCCGACAACUCCAAUAAUCCUGCCGAUAUUCAAAACGAGCCGUUCGACGUGGCCAAGAAAACGAUGGGCGCGUCUGCCGACGACGUCAACGUCGACGUCAUGGAUGAAGAGGAGGACGUGGCGUCGGGGAUGCGGCCCAAGAAGGAUCGCUCGCGCUUCCGCAUCUGGUUCGAGAAGGUUGUUCCACCCGGCGGUCUCAUCGCCAGCUCCUUCACGCUGGGCAGCUCCACCCUCGGCGCGGGAAUUCUUGGUCUCCCUGCCGCCUUCAACAGCAUGGGUCUUGCGACAGCCCUCAUCGUGCUGGUGGUCGUGGUCGUCCUCACCAUCUUCUCGCUGUGGCUCUUAGCGCGGUGUGCGGCCAUCACGAAGGUGCGCACGUACGAGGAUGUGACGCGAGCUCUUCUGGGUAAAGGUCCCGACUACGCCGCGGCUGUCUUCAUGCUGGGCUUCUGCGUGGGCGGUGCCGUGAGCUACAUCAUUUCGAUCGGCGACCUGCUCACGCCCAUCUUCGACAACCCGAACGUGCCGGCGUUCCUGCGGACGAAGCCAGGCAACCGCCUCAUCACGUCGAUGAUCUGGCUCGUGUUCAUCCUGCCGCUGUGCCUGCCGAAGAACAUCGACGCCCUGCGCCACGUCUCCAUCGUCGGCGUGACUAUGGUGUGCUUUUUUGUGGUAUGCAUCGUUCAGGACUGCUGCACGCACCUGCACCGGGACGGCUGGCGCGACGAUGUGAAGCCGUUCAACACGGGCAACAGCGCGAUUGAAGGUCUCGGCACCGUCAUGUUUGCCUGCCUCGUUCAGAUCAAUGCGAUGGAGGUGUAUUUUGAGAUGGCGAGACCGACGCCGCGCAACAUGGUGCGCAACAGCACGGUGGCGAUGAGUGGCUGCGGUAUCCUGUACGUGCUGGCCGGGGUGUUUGGCUACGCCCGCUUCGGCUCCACGGUGACGUCGUCCAUCCUCCUCAAGUACCAGCCGCGUGAGGCACCGCAAUUCUGGGUGGCCUACUUCGGCAUCGUCAUCAAGAUUUGUGUUGCCUUCGCCCUGCAUCAGCUGCCCAUGCGUGACGGCCUCUACCAUUUUUUCUCGUGGGAUGUCUACCGCAUGCCGUGGUGGAAGAACGCCGUCAUCUGUGGCUUCAUCGCGACGGUAAUGUUCAUCAUCGGUCUUUUUGUUCCGAGCAUCAACAUCGUACUGGGCCUGGUCGGCUCGUUGUGCGGCGGAUUUAUCGGCUUCAUCUUCCCGGCUCUCAUGAUCAUGUACGCGGGGAACUGGAGCCUCGCUAAGGUUGGCUGGCUGGAGUGGAGCGCCACCUAUUUUCUGUUGCUCACCGGGGUGAUUGCGGUGGUGUUCGGCACAGCCGCCUCGGUCUACAGCGUCCUCUAA